GACACACACGCGUGACUGUGUAUGUGUGUCCCCCCAACUCUCGACUCUCACGAUCACCUGCAAGUCCAAAGUCUCAACUCCAUAACCCCGAUCGUUCCUUCAUUCCUUCAAACACAACCAGCACUCACUAUUCUAGAGAGAGAAAGCAUAGAGAGAGAAUCGAAUUGCCAUGAACGCAUGCCUCGCGAUCGAUCAUCAUCAUCAUCGCCGUCGCAAUGAUCAACAACACCAACAACAGCAACAUCCAAGGCUCGAUGUCACCUUCGUCGACUAACAACGCUCAAUCUCAAGGCCUUAAAACCCACUUCAAAACCCCCGAAGGCCGUUACAAACUGUAUUGCGAGAAAACCCACCCCGCUGGCCUCCUUCCCUUCGCUCAUGGCAAAUCCGUCACUCAGAUAACCCUAGCGCAGCUCAAGGACAAGCCGGCACAGGCGGCGCCUCCGCCAAGCUCAAGCUAUGGUGCGAGCAGCGGAGUGAGGUUUGUGGCGGCAAAGUUUUUAGGUGGCAGCAAUGGCGGACGAGCGCUUAGUUUUGUUGGAGGAAAUGGUACCAGCAAGGCUAAUGGUGGAGUUAGUAGGAGUGGUACACUGGGAGGGUUGAAUGGUGGUAAUUCUUUGGUUAAUUCGAAUUUUGAUGGAAAAGGGACUUAUCUGAUAUUCAAUCUAGGGGAUACCUUAUAUAUCAGUGACUUCAAUUCGCAGGAUAAGGAUCCGAUAAAAUCCAUACAUUUUAGUAAUUCGAACCCCAUUUGUCAUGCUUUUGAUUCUGAAGCUAAGGAUGGGCAUGACUUGCUAAUUGGAUUGAACUCUGGGGAUGUCUACUCAGUAUCUUUGAGACAGCAACUGCAAGAGGUUGGAAAGAAGCUCGUUGGUGCCCAACAUUACAAUAAAGAUGGUUCUAUAAACAACAGCCGUUGUACUAGUAUCGCAUGGAUACCCGAACGCGAAGGUUUCUUUGUUGUUGCUCAUGCUGAUGGAAACUUGUUCAUAUAUGAAAAGAAUAAGGACGGCAAUGGUGAUUCUUCCUUCCCAGUCAUCAAGGAUCAAACUCAAUUUUCUGUUGCACAUGCACGAUCGAGUAAGAGUAAUCCAAUUGGUAGAUGGCAUAUUUGCCAAGGUUCGAUUAACAGCAUUGCUUUCUCAACUGACGGGAAAUAUCUGGCAACUGUUGGGAGAGAUGGUUACUUACGAGUUUUUGACUACUCAAACGAGCAAUUGAUUUGUGGUGGGAAAAGUUAUUAUGGAGCUCUUCUAUGCUGUGCCUGGAGCCCGGAUGGAAAAUACAUUUUAACUGGUGGUGAAGACGAUCUCGUUCAAGUUUGGAGUAUGGAAGACAGAAAGGUAGUAGCAUGGGGUGAGGGGCACAAUUCAUGGGUCAGUGGAGUGGCUUUUGAUCCAUAUCGGUCACAAACAUCCUCAGAAGAGUCGGGGGAAAAUGUCAUGUAUCGAUUUGGUUCUGUUGGCCAGGAUACUCAGCUGCUUCUUUGGGACCUGGCGAUGGAUGAGAUUGUUGUGCCACUACGGCGAUGUCCACCUGGUGGGUCCCCUACAUUUAGCCCCAGAAGCCAGUCUUCUCAUUGGGACAGUAUAAUCCCAGUGGGCACUCUCCAACCUGCUCCAAGCAUGAGAGACGUUCCAAAGCUGUCGCCACUAGUUGCGCACCGAGUUCAUUCUGAACCCCUUUCUGGCUUAAUUUUUACCCAGGAGGCUGUCCUCACUGCAUGUCGGGAAGGGCAUGUAAAGUUUUGGAUGAGACCUGAGCACUCAGAAAGUCAGUCAAGCAACUCAGAAGCCCUUCUAAGUUCUAGUUUAAAGGAGAAAACAUUAUUGCCGAACAAAGUUAGCAGCUCUAGUUACAAGUAGUAGUUAAAAGUGGGGUUGCCGAAAAGCACAUUCAUAGAGUUGAGUCUAUAUAACCCUUUUUCACUUUUGAGUUUAUGUUGCUUUAACUCAAUCAUGUCCAUUGGGUCCAGUUCAUAAUUUAUGUGCAGUGAUAUAAGUCAACUGGUUCUGUUUUAUAAGAGUAACAUUCUAUUUAUCUAUUUGAACUUGAGAAAGAAGUAUACAAGUGAGCAUACGCAAAUUAUGCAAAGUUGCUUUUGCUGUGGGAAUAACUUGAUCUGGUCUGGACUUUAUCGUCUAUUUAAAUUUUUCACUGGGAUUAGUCCAGGGUAAUUUUGUUACAGUGGAAA